AUUACUGACUUUAAUAUUGCCACUGUAUUGAAAGACUCAGAAAAGGCUACUUCUAUGGCUGGAACUAAGCCUUACAUGGCGCCUGAAGUGUUUCACUCUUUUAUGGAGGGAGGCCCUGGUUACUCCUAUCCUGUAGACUGGUGGUCACUGGGAAUCACAGCAUAUGAACUACUGAGAGGCUGGCGACCUUACGACAUUCAUUCCAUCACCCCAGUGGAUGACAUUCACAACAUGUUCCGAGCAGAGCGAGUGCACUACUCCUCCACCUGGUCCACAGGCAUGGUGUUGUUACUGAGAAAGCUUCUUGCCAAAGACCCAGAGUGCCGUCUUUCAAGUGUUGCAGAUAUCCAGAGCUCCCCCUACCUGGCUGAUGUGAACUGGAAUGCUGUUCUGGAGAAGACUGUUUCCCCUGGCUUUCUUCCAAAUAAGGGGAGGCUGAAUUGUGAUCCUACUUUUGAACUGGAAGAGAUGAUCCUGGAGUCCAAACCUCUCCACAAAAAGAAGAAGCGAUUAGCUAAAAGUAAAUCGAAAGAUGCCACUAAAGAAUCUUGCCCACUGCCUGCCCAUUUGCAACAAUGUUUGGAAACUGUACGGCAGGAAUUCAUCAUAUUCAACAGGGAAAAGUUAAGAAGACAAGGACAGAGCAUGCAGACAACCAGUCCUGACAGCGAAACUAGUAAUCCCACCCAGGGGAAAGUGCAAGACGGACAUAACAACAAUAUGCCUGGGCCAGUUGAGGGCUCUCUGGUCUGCCAUAGCUAGUUGAAAACACAAAGCCCAUAGCAUGCCAUCAGCCAUGGAAAGAUCCAACCAGAGUUAGAAUGGGAACAAUCAUUGCAAGCCUAUCAACAUUCUGGUUCAACAUUAAUCAACUCCACAAAAGGUUACCUUGUUCUUUUCAAAGGCAGGCUGCGCACUAAUGAAUAAGAAGCUCUGAUCAGAAUCCAUUCCACAAAUAAAUGCCACGUUUUAAAACACCUGAUGCUUAGCCUUUAGAAUGUGAGCGGACGUGUGCGGUGCGAGCUAGUGCCCACAAUACCUCUAUCUGUGCUGUGGCUAUUUAAUUGUUUUAUAUUUGCAGAACUUCACUUGAGUGGUGUUUUACAGAAAUCAGUGUAGGGGAGACCAGGGUCAGUUGUCACAUGGGUUGGUUGUCAUAGAGCUCAUAACUAUGAAACUAGAUGGCGCAGGCAGAUGAUACUACACUAAAGUAUGUCUUCUAUUGUCUGUAAAAUCUUCUAAUUUGAGGUCAAUUCCAUCUAACAUAAAGGUUAGCACAUAUUUCAUU